CUGUUCGAUUUUAACCCGCCAUUUGCAUCUUAAUUGCUCUCUUUGGAAUGUGAAAUUCUCUCUAUUCUUCUCCUUCCUCCUAUUUUCGAACUUCCUCGGGGAUUCCUCUUCCCACGCCCUUCACAUCUUCACCGCCUCCUAACGUCGACUUCACCGACUAUAAUUUCUCGCUUAUUUCGUCUAUUCUUGCUCUGUUCGCUUCUUUGAUGGCGAUCGCCGACAUGCUUGAGAGUACUACCCCCUCGGAAAGCUCUUUAAGCGACUUGGAUGCCAGCCGUUUCCUCCGUAGGAGACCGGGUGCUACCACCGCUGGAGUGGAGUCCGAGACAAAUUUGAGACCAAACGUUCGUGGAACGGAUUCUUCGCCUCCAGAUCAUGCAGGUGCUAAUGGUUUAUCGGCUGCCAAGAGAUGUGAGGAGGAUAUAGAUCGAAAUUACGCGGCUCAAAAUCCGAAUCUAACGGAAACGGCGAAGGAUCCUGGUGACAAGGCCGAGAGUCGAGGCAACGCCAAGUUUGAUGUUUCCUCUGUGAUUUUUGCUUAUCGGCCUUCUGCGCCGGCUCAUAAGCGAGUAACGGAAAGUCCUCUAAGCUCUGAUGCGAUAUUCCGACAGAGCCACGCAGGUCUGUUCAACCUCUGUAUAGUUGUGCUUGUUGCGGUAAACAGCAGGCUAAUCAUUGAGAAUCUUAUGAAGUAUGGCUUGUUAAUUCAAACUGGUUUUUGGUUUAGUUCAAGAUCCUUGCGAGACUGGCCACUUCUAAUGUGUUGCCUUUCUCUCCCUGUAUUCCCCCUUUCAGCUUUUCUUGUUGAGAAGUUGGCUUUACAGAAAUAUAUAUCUGAGCCUGUUAUUGUUUUCCUACAUAUUAUCAUUACAACUGCUACAGUUCUGUAUCCAGUACUUAUGAUUCUCAGGUUUGACUCUGCUGUUUUAUCUGGUGUAACUUUGAUGGCCUUUGCAUCAAUUACCUGGUUGAAAUUGGUUUCAUAUGCCCAUACAAAUCAUGACAUGAGAAAAAUUUCCAGAUCAGUUAAUCAGGGAGAUGUAUUGCCUAGUUCCCUGGAUUCAAACUACUACCCUCACAAUGUUAGCUUCAAGAGUUUGGUCUACUUUAUGCUUGCUCCAACAUUAUGUUAUCAGCCAAGCUACCCACGAACAACACACAUACGAAAGGGUUGGGUAGUUCGACAGUUUAUUAAACUAAUAAUAUUCACUGGGGUUAUGGGUUUCAUUAUUGAACAGUACAUAAAUCCCAUUGUCCGAAAUUCUCAACACCCUUUAAAGGGUAACCUUUUGUAUGCAACAGAGAGGAUCCUAAAGCUUUCUGUGCCAAAUUUGUAUGUUUGGCUCUGCAUGUUCUACUGUCUUUUCCACCUUUGGUUAAAUAUAUUGGCUGAGCUUCUUUGUUUUGGAGAUCGAGAGUUCUACAAGGACUGGUGGAAUGCCAAAACAGUUGAAGAGUAUUGGAGAAUGUGGAACAUGCCUGUCCACAAAUGGAUGGUUCGCCACGUCUAUUUUCCAUGCCUAAGGAAUGGGAUACCGAAGGGAGUUGCUGUCGUAAUAGCAUUUCUAAUUUCUGCGGUGUUCCAUGAGCUGUGCAUUGCUGUUCCUUGCCACAUGUUCAAGCUUUGGGCGUUCAUUGGAAUUAUGUUUCAGGUUCCGCUGGUUUGGAUAACGAAGUACCUACAAGAUGUGUUCCAAAACUCUAUGGUUGGGAACAUGAUCUUCUGGUCCAUAUUUAGCAUUCUUGGUCAACCGAUGAGCGUCCUACUGUACUAUCACGAUUUGAUGAACCGCAAAGGGAUCGACUAAGAGCCUAUUCGACUUUACCUUUCUGCGGAAAUUCCACAUGGGUUCAGACUUACUCUCUACCGGGGCUUCUUUUACAAAAGAUAAGGGCCAGGCAUGCACACCACUCAACAAGUUAAAAAUGACCAAGACGCCAAUUUCUAGAGAGGUUCCUUCCUUAAACAAUUGUCUCAAUUUUUUUAUUUCUUUUUUUUGGGGUUAUCAUCACACAGGUUAUAGAUGAUUUUAAGCGUUUGAACACUCCAAUGUUCUUUAUUAAACUAUCAAUAAAGAGAUUUUAAA